AAACACAAUUAGCAAAUUUGCGUGGCUGUGAUUGAUGUAUUCCUCGUAUGUAGACUUUAUAUUGGGAUACAAGUCUCGUUUUUGAAUCAUUCGGGGUUUUUACGGGGUGUUGAGAGGCGAACAGCCGCAGUGCAGCAGCGGUGUUGGGUUCGGGGACAAGCCUCGCUGUGAUCAAAUGUUAUAAACGUGGGAAGUAAGUCCCUGGCAGUGUUCAACGUGCAGUUCCCUGUUCUGGCCAAUGCUUGCUGCGCUACAGUAUGACCACAGCAGCGUCGGCUCAUCUGGUAGUUCUGGCAAAUGAAAAUGGAGGAGGUUUCAAUGUCCAGCCUGGACAACAGCAAGCUGGAGGGCCUAGCUCAGGACAUCCUGUCUGACCUGGUGGAGGAUGCAUGCCUGGGUCUUUGCUUCGAGGUCCACCGGGCCGUCAAGCAGGGCUAUUUUUUCCUCGAUGACACAGACCAAGAAAGCAUGAGGGACUUUGAAAUCGUGGACCAGCCGGGAUUGGAUGUGUUCGGCCAGGUGUACAACCAGUGGAAAAACAAAGAGUGUGUAUGUCCCAACUGCAGCCGAAGCAUUGCUGCCUCACGCUUUGCCCCGCAUCUGGAGAAAUGCCUGGGGAUGGGACGCAACAGCAGCCGCAUAGCUAACCGCAGAAUAGUCACCGGUAACAACACCAACAACAAGUCAGAGAGCGACCAAGAGGAUAAUGACGACGUCAAUGACAAUGACUGGUCUUAUGGGGCAGAAAAGAAAGCCAAGAAAAGGAAAUCUGAUAAGAAUCCAAACUCACCCAGAAGAUCCAAAUCAUUCAAGCAUAAUAAAAGCAGCAUGAUGGGUCAGAGACGUCGCAUGGACAACCAGGAGAGCCCGCGCAUGCUGAUGAAAGAUGAGGCAUUCCCUCAAUAACACACUCAGCCACAAACACAUUCUCUCACCAUCGUGUGUACACAUACACACAACGUGCACACAUACACACAACGUGCACACACAGCAAGACCAGUAACACUUCACCCUUGGUUCUUUAUGUUGCAAAAUCAAUGGAUGUCGAUGCUGUUGGUGACAUUCAAGGCGUUUACUGCUCUGCAGAAGCAGUCCAGACCUCUCACUGUAUACUUGACAGCUUUUUUCACAAAAUCAUUGUACCAACACUCAUUUUUUAUUUUGUUUUAGUUAUUGUCUCAGCAAUUUUUGCUGGAGUCCGAAAUAAUGAAUAUCACCGUAUACAAUUACAUUGCACAAAGGUAGAUUGUGGUGUCAUUCAUUCAGCGGCCAUACAGAGGCAGCUGUGUGCACAUACAGUAUGUUGUUUUUUUUUAAUACAGAAAUGAUUAGUCAUUAGGUGUACUUCUAUUUCCUCAUCUUUUAAAAUCUCAUUCUUUGAAAAAUAAUGUCAAAGACAAUCAUUACUAAUGGUUUGUCUUUUAUUUUCACAUUCACUGUGGGGCUCGUAGUUCUUCGGUUGGAUCACAAUACAGUGUUUGAGAGAUAAGCAACUCUCAGUUUAGUCAUUCACCUGUGGAAAUGUUCAGUAAAUGAACCCCUAAUUGUACACGCAGGUAUUUGCUGCAGACAGCAGUUUUGUUUUGUUUCAUUUUUGGUGGAUAGGUCGGCUUGUUUUCCAGCAUUCAAAAAAAUGUCUUUGUAUCAUGUGUUUACAUUGUAAAGGGUUACAUAUAUCUUUGGUGUGAUGUGAUAGUGUAAAUAUUCCAAUAGUUGAAUUGCUGCUAUCAUGGCUCAGUUUGUUUCAUCUGUCUAGCAUAAUAAAUGAUUUGUUACCCGUCAUUACAUCUCGUGUUAACUUGAAACUGAAAAGGGUUUUGAUAUUAACCCUGCUCAAGUACUUACAGUGAAAGACCAAAUGACCCACAGGGGAUGCUGUUGAUCAAAUGAAGAGGUCUAGAAAUGUUCCAGUUUUGAUUAUUUUAAUACACUUACCAUAUGAUACAUUAAA